ACAAUUAAGUGUUUACUUGCGUAUUUUUACCUUCUUCCUCGAUACACACAGACAAACAUAUUAAUAAUAUAACGUUAAAAAUUAUUUCCAGUUAUGAAACUCCUAAUGUUGAAAUGAGUUCACCAAAGUAUAGAGAAAUAAUUUCAACAAAUUUUCUCCUGUAUACAUCUGUAUCUGGUUUGUAACUGUUCAUCGUAAAUAUUCACCUUUCCCUUGACAAGGGUAAAGCCGAGUUGAUACUGUUCUUUGGGUUUUUCUGGUUGCUUCAAGUGUUGCCGGGUAAAUAACAGUAAUCUUUUAAAGAUAUCAUUUGUUUUCUUCUUUCACCCUGAAUCUUCAUAACAGCAUUUGUUAAUAAACAACUCUCUAAAAGUGCUCAACCAACUCAAUUUUGGAUCUAACUGCUGCUUUCGUCUUAACCAAUCCGUCAGAUGUUUUAGUGAAAACUAUAUAUAGGAAUCCAAGCUUGGUUCGUCGUUGAAUUUGGACUGUUGUUGCCCAGUAAUCAUAUGAUUAUCCCUAGGAGUUUAUCCAGUGGUAAUUCAAAAGAUCAAACAAAUAAAAAUAGUGUGAUUGACCUUCAUUAUCCUCAGCAUCUGUAUAACCAUCAACACCAAAAACAAUCGCAGUCAUCUCAAUCGUUGAAUCCAUCGAUCAGCAAAUUAAAUUAUUUGAAAAAUAAAAAGCCAAUCAGAUCGACAUCCCUGUUAACCGGAACACCAAUGAUUGACGAAACAGAAGAUCUUUUACUAUCAUAUGGAGCUGACCCAUCGUCACCUUCACCGCCACCACAUCCACCUCCUCCUUUACCACCACCACCACCACCAGCCUGUUCAUCCUCUAACACUUCAUUAUCCCUAAGCAGAGGUGUUAACCUUUCCCUAUCCUCGACAACAGCAGGUGGGGUUACAGCUUUAAGCACAGCUACCACAACUUCAGUGAUAACUGGUAAACGUACCAAUAAACGUAAAGUGGCUCUGGUAAAAAGUGAAACGGACUCUUGUGAGACAUUGUUAGCGUGCCUUGUUUGUGGUAAAAAUUUUGUCUCUUUCGGUAGAUUGAAAUCUCAUGAGAAAACUCAUUCCAAAUCAAGACCCUUCAAGUGUAUUGAUUGUGGUAAAACAUUUACUGUUCGUUAUUCGUUAAUUUGUCAUACUCGGGUUCAUACUCGAGAACGACCUUAUGGCUGCUCAUUUUGUGGAUCAAGAUUCUCUCAGGCUUCUUCUCUGAAAACUCAUCAAAUAUAUAAGCACACCAAAGAGUUUCCUUACCUUUGUAAAUAUUGUGGACGUGGUUUCAUCUCUCCUGGCCAAAGACAUGAACAUAUUCAAAGGACACAUCUCAAAUCAUUUUCAUCUCUUUCAUCACUCUCUUCAAACACUUCACCUUCAUCUUCCUCAUCUUCGUCCUCUUCCUCUUCGUCAUCCUCAUCCCAUGUUGAUAGUCACUUAAAAUUUAAAUGUCGUCCAACAGAACCUCCAGUGAUUCGGCCAAGUGUCCCCAAGAUGACAACAACGUCUGUUCAAACUGACAUACGGCUUCCACCGGGUUUAAUUUAUUGAUUAACAUCUUGUUACAUUGAUUUAAUGGUGAAUCUAACCAUUUAUUAUCAACCAAAAACGCUGCAGUGCAAAACAUUAACCGCAAUCCAAUCAUAUUAAUAUCAAGUUUCUUAACUAAAUUAACUGGAUUGUUUCUAGACAGGGUUUUCUCUAACAAUAUUAACUAUUAAAUGUGUAAAUUGGUUACAUCUGUCUAAAAAUCAGUAGACGAUCAGUUGAAAUCGAGGUUCAUACUGAUUCACCUCGUUUUCCCUCUCACAUUAGACAUGUAAUCAUUGUUUGCAAAUGAUAAAUUAAAAUUGAUUUAAAACACUUA